AAUUACAACAACAACAACAAAAUUGGGUGGGGGGGGAUACACGCAAUACUAUAGAAAGUGAAAGGUGUAUUAUGUAUUAAUUCAAAACAUUCGGGUCGUUAGUUAGAUAUAAGUAAUAUAGAAAGUGAAAGGUGUAUUAUGUAUUAUGUAUUGCAGGCCGGGAAUUCUGGACUACGGAUUUUCAGGUCACUGGUUCAUGGAUUUGGAGAUGCCUCAUGAAGCUGAGAGAAAAAGCGAGGCCUUUCAUCGUGUGUCAGGUUGGUGAUGGGAAUUUAGCCAUGUUCUGGCAUGAUAACUGGACUGGACUAGGACCACUUAUCAACAUCACCGGACCUAUGGGACCUCAAGUCACAGGUAUUACAGCUCUCGCACCCCUUAAAGAAGUGGUCGAAAAUGGCAGUUGGAUAUUGCCACGAGGAAGGCAUCCCCUACUAGUUCAUCUUCGGGCAUGUUUGCCUGCAGUCCCGCCAAUUCUCACAUCGUCUCAGUCUGACUUGUUCUUGUGGAGAACAUCCCCAAACUCUCCACCCUCGGUCUUCUCGUCUUCCAAAACGUGGGAUGCCUUACACCCCUCUCCUUCCACUGUGUCUUGGUAUAAAGCGGUCUGGUUUUCAUCGAACAUUCCAAAGCACUCCUUUUUGGUAUGGGUUUUAGCUUGGGAUAGACUUCCCACAAGAGAUAAAUUGAGAUAUUGGGGCAUUGAAGUGUCUCCCAAUUGUCUGCUUUGUGAUACCCUUCAUGAAACUAAGGAACAUCUCUUCUUCUCAUGUGCUUACUCCCAAGAAUUGUGGAGGCUAGCUUUUAGCGGAUCGGGUUUUAAUCCUCCAAUGCUUUUCGAUGAUGUUUUGGAAUGGCUGCGUGCUAAUCCCUCAAAUAAGAGGAUCCGAUUGAUUUGUAAGCUCCUUUUUCAGGCUGUAGUCUAUGUCAUCUGGAGGGAGAGGAACACAAGACUCCAUAAUUCUACCUCAAGAUCUAUUCCUACUCUAUUAAAAGAAGUUCAUCUACUGAUCAGAGCAAAGCUGUUUGGUUUGGAUCGGAAUGCAUCUCCUCCACAGCUGCGGAGUGCAUCAGUAUCACCAUCAACUACCUACCUCCAACUCUGGUUUGGACGUUUUCAGGUGUAAAAUGAAGUUUUUGCAUGUACCUAUGACCUAUGAUCGUUUCAUCCACAACCUGCUUCCAUAGGAGUUAUUAUUUAUUAGAACUAUGUUGUUUUUGGAGGUUCUAACCUUCCUUUUUCUAUCUUUAGGAUUGUAAGAGUUUUGAAACGAUGUCUCAUUUGGGAGAAGGAAAAGAUGAAUAAAGGUAUUAUUAAAAAAAAAAAAAAAAA